UAAUGACAAUCGCAUGUAGCUAUCGUAAUUAACGUCCUUGAAAAAGAGGUGCGCUUCUGUUUGACAUUAAGGUGGGAGAUUUCCACUGAUAGACAUCGCUGGUGUUAACGUUAAUUUCAACACACAUUGCAGAUAGGAGAUGAAGUUCCACGUGAUAACAGUGAUUUUGUCUGUUGUCUCCAUGGUGACAAACAUUUAUUGUGCUUCCGUAAAUGACGCAAAGCCACAGCUAACAGCGAGAGAGAUUGGAGAGUUAAUAUGCAAUGCCACGGACAGCAAUAACGAUGGCAUCAUCACAAAACUGGAAUGGAUUGGGACAGAGGCCAACAUGGACUUUGACCACAAUGAUGAAGUCACGCACAGUGAGUUGCUGAGAUAUAUGGUCAAACUGGAUAGCAGAAUUCGGCCACUGUGGUCUCUUGCAAUCUUUGAAUCGGCUGAUUUUGAUAAAAAUGGCGUACUGACAGAAGAUGAUAUGUUUAAAUUUGGGAAACUAGAUGCCGAUGGAAGUGGGCAAACAGACAAGGAUGAAUGUAUUGAAUUAUGUGAAAAGUUCUUAAAAGAGUACGACCCCACGCUGGAGUAAUAAGCUAUCCACAAUAUUUGUCAUAAAUGUUCCAGUUUUUAGGAAGACAUCAUGGCGAAAAAAUAUAAUUAUGAAUCGUCAGUAAUUUUGAGAAUGUUUUGUUGAAUACCACAAU